AUGUCUCUUGUCAUUGCUCGUUUUUCCAAAAACGAGUCCAACUUCACCGGGUCCGAAGUCGAUGAGAAGACCCCAAAGGGUCAUACUACAAGGCUUGCUUCCUGCUCGGACACCCCGGAGCUUGGUGAUCCUCUUGAUGAACGUCGAUUUUGGUUUCAGAGGUCAAAAGGAUAUGAUCCAAAUGCGAUAGCGACUCAGCCAUCUGUUUUCGAUGACCCUGUACUAGCCGAGGAGUACAAGCCACGGCCUGACUGGGAGAACAUCCAUCGUUUUGAUCCAUCGGCAAGAUGGACUUGGAGAGAAGAAAGUAAAAUCGUCAAGAAAAUCGAUCUCCGAAUCACUCUCCUGGCAUGCUUCAUGAUGAUGGCGUUGGAGCUUGACAAGGCUAACAUUCAACAAGCUAAUGCCGAUAAUUUCCUAUCUGAUCUCAACCUGUCACGAAACGAUUACAAUCUAGGAAAUACCCUCUUUAGAUUGGGCUAUCUUUUGGCUGAAGUUCCUGCUCAACUUCUUGGGAAGUGGCUUGGCCCCGACAGAUGGAUUCCCUUCCAGGUUAUAUCCUGGUCAAUUACGGCUAGUUGUCAGUUCUGGCUUUCUGGUAGAAAGUCCUUUUUAAUAUGUCGGGCCUUGCUAGGCACACUCCAGGGCGGAUUCACACCGGCAAUGAUUUUAUACCUUUCAUACUUUUAUAAACACCACGAGCUCUCCAUUCGUCUUGGAUUCUGGUAUGCAGCAGGGGUAUUGUCGGAUAUCCUUGCAGGGCUACUAGCUUAUGGAGUUCUCCACUUACGAGGCUAUGGCGGUAAUGCUGGUUGGCGUUGGCUUUUCUUGAUUGAGGGGCUAUUUACUCUGACCCUGGGUGUUUUGGCAUGUAUCUUGAUGCCAGCAUCACCGACACAAACGGCCAGUUGGGCUCGAGGAAGAAAUGGAUGGUUUACAGAAAGAGAAGAGAUCAUAAUGGUUAAUCGUAUUAUCCGAGAGGACCCAAGUAAAGGGACCAUGCACAAUCGCCAGCCCAUAACAUUCAAACUUCUAUGGCAGAGUCUUACAGAUUAUGAUUUGUGGCCGCUGUAUCUCAUAGGGCUAUCAUUUCAGACGCCGUCGGUAACUAUCUCUCAAUACUUUACCCUGACCAUGAAAGACAUGGGAUUCGGCACAUUCCAGGCCAUUUUAUUGAGCAUGCCGUAUAAUGCUUUGAGUAUAGUAAACAGGAUUGCGCUUACUUAUGCGGCUGAGGUUUUUCAAUCCCUGGCACUGAUGGGGAUGUUGGCUCAGGUUUGGAUGCUGCCAAUGCUUCUGUACAUCAACAUCGUGGACAUCACCCAGAUCAACAAAUGGAUUGUUUGGGCGGUAAUAACACUAUUGCUGAGCCACCCAAAUGCCCAUGCACUUCAAUCCGGGUGGAAUUCCCGUAAUUCCAAUAGUAUACGAUCGCGAGCUAUUGCGCCAGCCAUAUACAACAUGUGCACGCAGGCAGCAGGAAUGAUUGCAUCGAAUAUAUACCAAGACUGGGAUGAGCCUCGAUAUGAAGUGGGGAAUCGGGUGCUUCUUAUUAUCCUUUGCUUCAAUAUUGUGGUAUAUAUAGCCAUCAAGCUAUACUACAUGCUGCGCAACCAUUGUCGCGAUAGAAAGUGGACAGCCAUGACGGAGGACCAGCGGGUCGAUUAUGUGUCAACGACUCCAGACAGGGGAAACAAACGGCUGGAUUUCCGGUUUUCGCACUAA